AUGCCAGAAAGUGGAUUAAUCAUAAAACUUGGUGAUGAUAAUGAAAUCAUAAAUACAAAACAUAUGGAAUCAAGUGCAUCACCAAAAUCAUCAAAAACUAAACGAACACGAUUAACAUUUCCAUUUGGAGCUUGCCGAGUAUGUUCUGAUUCAGCUACGGGAAUUCAUUAUGGAAUAGCAACUUGUGAAGGCUGCAAGGGUUUCUUUAAACGAAGUAUUUUACGUAAAGAAAAAUAUCGUUGCUAUUUUGAUAAUUCAUGUCUCAUUAACGUGGCAAAUCGUAAUCGUUGCAAAGCUUGUCGUUUUCGUCAAUGUAUUGACGAAGGCAUGUCCGUUGACGGUGUAAAAAUGGGUCGAAUACCAAAAUUAGUUAAAGAACGAGCUUUAAAAGAAUUAAAAGAACAAAAACUAAAAGAAGCAGCUGCUUUAGCUAAAGUCAAUGAAGUACAUGGAAGAGAAUCAUCAUGUUCAUCUUUAUCUGAUCAUACACUUGAAAAUUAUGACCCAAAUACAAUGGAAACAGAUUCCAUGGAUUCACAUGUAUCAUCUAUUCAACGAGAUUCUAAUCUGACAAAUACCUAUACAAGUGAUAUUUUCGAAAAAAAAUUAACACUUCAUUCUCCAAUAGAUGAUAAUGAUAUAGAAAUUUUAAAUGAGGUUCAUUCUUCUCCAACAAUGGAAUUGAAUUCUUCACAAUUACAGUCUGAUAAUGCAAUAAAUAUGACAUCUCAAUCAACAUUAAAUAAUGAAGAAAAUACACAAAUUGUAUAUCGAACAAAAUAUCCAACUUUUUUACCAGAUGAUUUUACAGUUGAUGAAACAGAAGGUUCAUCUAAACAAAUAAUAGGUUUAUUAAGCAAUGAAGAAUUACAAUAUGCUCACACAAUAGCAAAUAAAUUAAGUGCAAAUCCAUCGAAUUUAAUUAUUGAACUCAAUGAAGAUGAAGAAAAAUUUAUUGGAUAUCUUCGUAAUACGACAUACGAUGUUUAUCUUCGACGUUCAAAGAGACAGAAACAAUUAAUUUCUCGAAUGAAUCAAAUGAUUAAAUAUAAUAUUCAAGAAUAUCCUGGUGAUAAUGCUACAUUAGCAGAAUUUUUCAAUAGUAUUCGAUUAUGUUGUCAAGUGUAUACUCAUUCAACAGUAUUAAAUGUUCAAGAAUUACCUGGUAUGAAAAAUAUAAGUGUUAAAAGUCUUCAAAAAAUAAUAUCUUAUCGAGGAUUUGGAUGGUAUUUGCUUAAAUAUCAUGAAUUAUAUAAUGAAAAUGGUCAAUGUUAUUUACUUGCUCCAAAUGGUUUUCAAUGUACUCGUUAUUGGAUGUGUCAAUUACAUGGUGAUGAAUUAGCAGAUUCUAUGUUUAAGUUUUGUCAACGUUUUCGCAGCCUUCAUCUCAAUGAACGAGAAUUUUCACUUACUUUGCCUUUACAUAUGUGUUCUUAUGACUCAACUAUGGAAGAUAAACACAUACCUCAAAUGUUGAGAUCUUGUUAUGUUUAUGCUCUUUAUACAGAAUUAUGUCAUAAUCGUGGUAGAAUUGAUGGAAAAGGAAUGCUCCAUAAAGUUAUGAAAGUGCUUGAGCUUCUCAAUCCACUAACUGAAUUAUACCAAAAAGAAGCUGCCACACGCAUAUUAGUAGGUAAUAGUGAAUAUAAUGGUUCUUUCUUUUUUUCUGGAAUUUUAAUUAAUUAA